GAGCAAGAUGUUUGAUGCAACCUGGUUGCCCACCGCCUGCGGCUCAUUGGCGCCCGCAUUGCUACCGCCUGCUCACAUGGUUAUCUUGUGGUACUUUUGGGAGAACUAUUCACGCUAUGUGGACCGACAUUUCUGCAGUUGCUCAUGCUGGGACACGGUGUUCAAGGGUCCCUACGAAUCGGGAGUGGCCGCCUACAAGCACAUGUACUUCAAUGCCACGCCCAACAGCUUCAAGAUGUGGAUACUCACCGUGUUUGCCGUCAUUGCGUUCUACGAGUGCAUCAAACGUCUGAUUGCCCUGAUCCUGCAGCAACGUGUGCGCUACUCAAUGUUGUUCCUCUUUCUGUUGUCCAUCUUCUCGCAUUACUAUGCCUGGUGGGCGUACAUCAACUAUUACAACGAUGACUACUACAAACAAUGGAAUCACCAGCUCUUCUUCACGAUAACAGAGUUGUUCUCCACGGUGCUGGUUAUGCAUCUGGCCAACACCACGAAUGUGGUAAAGCCCAAGAAAGUGUUCUGCAUCGUGGGCAUCGCUUUGCUGCACAUACUCGCUGGCAGCUUCGAUCAGUUCUUUCUGAAUGUGGUGCGUGGAGAGGGAGCAGCCCAUCAAGUAGUGCGCGAUAUUGGCUUUAUGUUUCCCGACUUGUUGCAUUUGUUUGUGCCGCUUUGGCUGUUACGCAAGGCACGCAAAGAGAACUUUGCCACACGUCCCUUUAACCGAGAUCGCAAGCUGCAUCGCGAUAUUGUGGCCAUGUUGUGCAUGGUGUCGAUCAUGUUUGGGAUCUGCUCGAUUUUGUGAGAACGAAUUCUGAUGGGCGCCCACGAGGAGAUGUAUGGCAAGAUAAAGCCCGCCCAGGAUACUGCCUUGAUGCUGCUCAAUCGCUAUCGCAUGCUGGCGAACAACAAUGUGCACAACUAAACAACGAGAACGAGAAUCCGAACUGUGGACAAUAUAAGCUACACUACUUGGCAAGUCAGUAAGUGUGUGGAGCGCUAAAACACGCUCCAAUUGCUUCUCAUUUCAUUGUUGUUUUGCGAUUUUUGACGAUUUGUGAUAGUUUAUCAUUUUUGGGUCAAAAAAAGUAUAGAGAAAAAGAAUAUCCAAAGCAUAUAUACUAAGUAGUAUCAACUAAAUACUAAUCAAAUUACAUAAUCAAUAUGGCAAAAAAUUGUUGGCUUCCAUUUGUAGUAACGUUGACCGAAGCUCUCUAACUGUUAAAACAUAUCCAAAAAUCCCCAAAAACACAAUGGCACUAGGCACAAUUAGCAGAUGAUAGCAUUAUCCAUCUUUAACGAACAAACGCUGGCUGGGUGCAGCUGAACGAUCAGUAAAAAAUAAAACGAAAACGAUUAUCGAACAUUUGAAAAUACUUAAAAAAUAAGUACAACGAAUGAAUAAUUAGCAUAAGCUAUGGCAACGGCAUAAAUACGUAUUGAAUAACGACCUCAACUCGACAUACUCAACAUACAUACAAGUAUAUAGUAUAUAUUUGCCAAGUAUUUGCAUAUUUUGUAACCCACCCAGUGUUAUUUCUACAUACAUAUAACAUUUAGUAUCUUAGCGUUAGAUGCGAUUUAGACUGUUGUUGGAUAAUAUAGUAUUAUUAUACACAGACACGAACAGAAAUAUUCCAGUACCAUAGUAGAGAAGAAAACCUAAUAAAUCUAAAUAAAUUACAACAAAUCAUAAUAAACGAAUACCCGUAGUAAUCAAAACUAGCGUUAAACGAUAUUGUUAUACAUAUUAUAAAUAAACUACAUGGAAUAGCCUAUAAAAAAAAGAACACAAAACAAAAUUAUGUAUACACCCAUACACACACAAAUACAUAUACAAAUACAUUUACAUAUAUUUUUAGUAUACAACAUUAUAUUAAAUAAACAUUAAGAGACUGAAAAAAAGAGAACAAUCAUCAAGUAGUUUAAA